AGAGGAAAAUAAGGUCCCCAGAACACUAUUAAAAGCUAGAAAGGUGGCAGGGUCCGCCACAUAGAAACAAAGUAAAACAGUACAAAUUGUGUUUGUCCUUUAAGGUCAGUUUGUUUAGGCAUAAAAAUAUAAGUCUGAUGAUUUUUCUCUGCCCCAAAACUAUGUGGUGCACCUUUUUAAAGUCCUUUACCCUGUCUUGUGAUGCAAGCUCCUCUGAGGCAACUACAAGUCAAACACAAAGAGGGAAAUGAGCAGGCGAAAUGUGUGCUAACAGUGUGGUAAUAAAUGUGUGCUCAGGUUUACAGCUCUGCUCCAAAGUCUAUAAAUAACAGCCACGCAAUGGGGCUAAACGGCACUGAACGGGUCUGUUUUUUUUUUUAUUUUUUAUGUUAUUUACACACCUCACACUCGCAGUAACUUUCUUGGGAUGGUGCAAUGAUACCUUGUUUUUCUCAUGUCAUUUAUGAAACCUCAAUUAACAGACUGCCAUACACGUUGUGAAGGUAAUCCAAUCUUCCUUCUUCCAUCCGUUUUUUUUUUAAAUGACUUGUCUUCGACUCCCAGAAUCACUGAAAGCAAUGUUCAUAUUCAUAAUAAAACACAAACUGUCUUCACUGAAUCGGCGUCUGCUCUCUGUGGCUUUACUUCGAAGUGAACACAGCAAAACUUCCCUCUAAGUCACCUUGGGGGCUGUCGUCAGCUGGAAAGCUGCAGCCAUGUGCUUAUCACCUCUCGCCUGAUGAGAGAGGCUUCCCAAGCUGCACCUGCCUCACCCCCCUUUGUCCAUUGUCUGGUCCUGGGGAGGGAGGCCAAUGCCUCUAAAGGAAGUGGAGAGAUGGAUAAUGUUUAAGGGGCACAUUAAGUCGUUUCAGGCAGGGGAAGACAUAAAAAAAAAAAAGGAGGAAAUUACCGGAAGACAGAAGUUCAAAAUUGGGUUUGGCAAAACGCAGAGUUUUGUGUGAAGUGGGCGACUGUUUUGGGAGAGAAACGGUGUGGCCAAAGGAGGAGGAGGAUGAAGGGGGGGAGGAGGAGGAGGAGGAGGAGUAGGUCUGCAGGGACAAAGAGAAGCUGGCCAGGUGUAUACUGAGUCUCAGUCAGCGCUGGUCAUGAUCGCGGCUCCAUGCUGAUAGCUGCCAGAAGGGAGCAGUCCGAGUGAGGAGCCGUCAAGGGACACAGGAUGGUGAGGUGUUGGAGACAUUCAGACAACCGUUUGGAGGAAGAACAGUGCACGGUAAGCACACCGCUUUUAAUUCUAAGAGUAGGUUCUGACCGAGGGAAGGUGCACGUUAGCUGGAAAGGGGGUCGAAGCAACACCUGAGUGAUAGGAUGUGAUUUCACGUUGAUGCUGUGCAAAUCUCAGCAGCUAGUCAAAAAGGAGCCUAAAGUCAUACUGAGGUUUGUGUUUAUGAGAUGACGAGCACUGUUCUAAAAGCCUGUCAUCGGUCCUUGUGUGUGGAAACAUCUCCUCAGGAUGGGGACUCUGCCGCGUCCUCCCAGUCCCGCUUCCCACACAAAGCAUUCUGGGUCAUCCUCUCGGCCUCUCUGCUCCUGGUCAUCGUCGCCCUCGGCUUGACGGGCCACCUGGGGCUGUCGCGACCUCACUCUCAGCCUUCGCAGAUUGUCCGGAUCACGGUUCCAGAUCAGACUGGAGUGCUCAUCAACCAGUCGGCCGUCGUGGACCAGCAGAAUGACCUGGUGACCUUUUGCGUGACCUCGCCAGCAAACCAGACGUCCACCGUGCUCUUCGACAUCAAGCAUGGUUUGAUCUGUUACAAACCUGUGGACCAGCAGAGCUGCUUCCUGCGAAAGAUGGAGAUGUCCGACUACGACAACGUGCGCUCCCUCCUCCACGAGUCGGCACACAAGAAUCAUUUCCAGCUGUCUGGGAAUGAGACCCAGCGGCAGACGGAGUUCCUGGGAGUGCUGGCAGCCAGUCAGGUGGACGUGUCCACGCUGGAGGAGCCUCUCCAGGCCCUGUGUCAGGACAGGUCCAUCCACUGGACCAAGAGGGCUGAGGGCCCGGGCAAACAGAGGCUGGUCUACUUCUGCAUCGACAUCUGCUUCCCCAGCAACAUCUGCGUGUCCGUCUGCUUCUACUACCUACCAGAGUGACUGCGUGCUCUCUUCAUCUCCUCCCAGCACAAGAUCAGGGAAACAAAGUUGUCUUUUUAGCUCCCUCUACAAGAAAAAAAAAAAAAAAAAACAACAAAAAAACCCGACAGAACAAAAGCCAGCUUUGACUGUUUUCCUUUGUGCCAUACAGCUGCCAGCGAACCAAUGAAGCAGCCAACUCUCCCAGUCCGUCCUCCAUCUCUUCCGAGAGAGAAGAGACGGAGACAGGCUGUCACGGUUAUCGCCAGAGCCCCGUCGUCACUCUCUUCAUGUGUAAUACCCUCUCUGGUGGCACACAUCAGAGAUUACAGAAGAAAGAUCCCCCUUUUUUGUGUGUGUUUCCUGUAACCCACUGCUGCAGUGUAAUUAUGCAUAACUGUUCCUGUUGAGUGUUUCAAUCCGUCUAAUAAAAAAAAAAAGACUGUUGUGGAUUUUUCGGGCAAUGUUUCUUUGAAAAGAAUGAAAAAAGGAGAAAACACAAAAUCUGUCGGGAUAUCUUAAUGACAUCUUUACUGUGGAUUCUUCAUAUGUACAUCACUUUCUCUUGAACCUCUCUGACCCACAUGUGUUGAUUAAGAAUAGCAUGAGAAAUAAAUGAAUCCUACAUAUCACACAUGAGAAAUAAAUCAAUUCUACAGCACAUCGAGGUCAAAGUGAAUAAUGUGGUCCUUAUGAUAUAAUAAAUAUGGUGCUGUAUAAACCGAGGUGAAGUUGAAGUGGACAUUAAAAACAACGGGAUCGAUCAUUAUCAUCACGUAUUUCAGACUGUUGAUACAAACGCUUUUCAAUAUGCCCACUGAAAGCUGCUGCAAAAUGGCGUGCUGUUCCUUUAAGCAGAAUUUGGCCUGCGCUCUCCUGUUUUAUACUUACAGGCACCCGUCAGGGAAGAGCACUGUAGACAUCUUGGUGGCAGAGAUUCAUCGUAAUGUUCAAACACUCUCUCAAGACGAUCGCUUCUGGGAAAAAAUUUAAAGAACUCCGACUGUUG